UCGGGAUCUUUUUUGCUACAGUACAAGGUUUGCAUUGACAAUGACGCAAUCAGCUGAGGAUAUGUUAUUAUAAUACGGACCUGUAUGUUAAGAGUGUGUCAUUCAAGACAGCGAUAACAAGAGUUGUAACGGGAAGACAGAGGUCCCCACAUUGUACCCACCAGUUCACCUGCUGACCAGGCCACUUACAUGCGUCUCCCUGUGUCAGACUCAAACACUAGAAUGAACUGUGAGCAGGACUUUGGAGAAGGGGGCAUGAAUGUGACCCUCACUCUCAGGCUGCUCAUGCAUGGGAAGGAGGUUGGAAGCAUCAUAGGGAAGAAAGGAGAGACUGUCAAGCGAAUACGGGAAGAGAGCAGUGCCCGCAUCAACAUUUCAGAGGGUUCUUGUCCAGAACGGAUUAUAACCAUCACGGGCCCCACUGAAUGUGUGUUUCGAGCCUUCACCAUGAUCACAGUCAAACUGGAGGAGGAUCUUACUGCUCUUGUGGCCAAUGGUACAGUCUCCAGCAAACCUCCAGUCACCUUACGCCUGGUUAUUCCUGCCAGCCAGUGUGGCUCACUCAUCGGAAAGGGUGGUUCAAAAAUCAAGGAGAUCAGGGAGAGCACAGGAGCUCAGGUACAGGUAGCUGGAGACCUCCUUCCAAACUCCACUGAGCGAGGUGUCACAAUAUCUGGCACACAAGACGCAAUCAUCCAAUGUGUCAAACUUAUCUGCACUGUAAUAUUGGAGUCCCCCCCAAAAGGAGCUACUAUUCCAUACAGACCGAGCCCAACACCUGGAGUGCUUCUUGCUGGAAAUCAGGUGUUUGAAAGCUCUGAAUUUGGAUCACAUCCUCUCUUAUCAGUCACUCAAGGGGGUCUGGAUCUGCAACAAGCAUACACAUUACAAAACCAAUAUGGCAUUCCACACUCAGAGGUGGCUAAACUGCACCAGUUGUCCAUUCAACAGAGUAUUACCCCCAUGGGCCAGCCUGUCCCUCCAAUUCUACCUGCAGUAGAGCCCAACUCCCAGACCGCAUCCCAGGAGCUCCUCAUUCCAAAUGACCUUAUUGGAUCCAUAAUUGGCAGACAAGGCACCAAAAUCAAUGAAAUACGGCAAGUUUCAGGGGCACAGAUCAAGAUUGGUAGCCAGUUGGACAGUACCAGUGAUCGGCACGUCACCAUUACAGGCUCCCCCAUCAGCAUCAACUUGGCCCAAUAUCUCAUCACCUCCUGUUUAGAGACCGCCAAAUCCACCGCCCAGUCCUCCUCCAUGUCAACCCCUGUUGACCUGAACAUGAGCUUCACCCAGCCCACCUCCCCUGCCUCGUCCUCCGCUGCAGCACUGGCAGCGAUGGGUGGUCUUCCCCAUGCUCCAAUCCUGGGUACCCCCUAUGCCCUUCCCCUCUCCAGCCUCCUGGGAAUGAAAUCCGUCCCCCUCCUGGCACUUUCCACCCCCACUGCCACAGCUGCUGCUGCUGCCCCCACACAUGGGACCCUGGCAUCCUACACCGCCAAAAUCUCCUCAGCCAACGGGAUCAAGAAGCCUGAGAGACAGAAGUUUGCACCUUACUGAUGUCUACACCUACUCUUCCCUUCCUGGUCUGAUCACACCCACGUUCCUCCUCUGUGAUCCCAAACUCUCUUCUCCUGACCCCCGCAGGUGAAGUGUUGGAACCAGGGUGCAUUUCUAUGGCGCUUCCUUACUCUCCAUCUACUGCAGCCAUUGUAGUCAACCUGAGACAAUACUACCAGUCCUUAUCCUUACUCUUAUUUCCAAAGGACCGUACAACAACAGUGGCUGACAUAGACAGAAACAAUGUUUUCUGGCUAAAAAGCCUCUAAAGCCAUAAAUUGAUCCUCCUAACCUCCCUCUCAACACCUCAGUUAUCCCCAAAUCUACUGUCUCUAUUGAUCUUAUUUAUUGAUAUUAAUGUAUUAUCCCCUUACUAUUUAUGACACUAGUGACUGAUGUGCAACUCUCUAUAUCAGCUUUUUUAUGAUUGCAGUGCCAUUCACAUUUAUUGGCACCCAUGGUAAAAAAAAAAAAAAGAAAAAUGGGUCAAAUGAGGUAUUCAAAAUAAAGUUUUGCCAUUUUAUCUUAGUUUGACAAUAAAACAGUGAGGAAAAAUCCAACCUUGAAAGGAAGAAAAUUCAGUCAGAGAAAAAAUCUAAUCCACAUACCACAAUUAUUGACACCCCAGUGUUUAAUUGUUUUUAGUCUCCAUUCACAAUUAAAGAGCUCUUAGUCCUCUCCUAUGACAUAAGUUGUCUUUCCCUUUAUUUAAAUUGUGUAUCCUUUUGUCUUUCCCAUGUUGAAGAAUUACCAUAGGGUGUUUACUUUCUGUGUGACUUAAUUAGGGUCUCUUAAAGGGGUCAUAGAAUGGAUGAACAGAGUAUUUGAUUUUGUUCCAUGUUAACAUAGAAGGUGUGCAAUUAUGAUCUGUCAAAAAUGGUCAGAUAUUAUAUUUACAAGUCCAUUUAAAACCCUACAAUUAGGCUGGAGAAAAAAACGGUCCGUUUUAACAGAUUUAGCGCCCCCUCAUGGUUUUCUGGACAUCCACAUGAAUAAUUAAUUGUCUUACAGCCAAUGACAAUGAGCUGAGCAUCAUUGAGUCAGAAUUUGAGAAGAAAGAAGGAGGAAGAUUCAGUCCCUCAAAGAUUGGAAUACAAUGUUUCUGAGUGUCUUUUGUACAUUCAGCCAAGACACAAAACAUAACCAUACCCUAGACACUCUUGCUGUCUUGUAAUAAAGGUAUCUAAACGUGGGCGAGUUAGCAAGUAAGGUUUGAAACCAAAAAAAAAAAAAGAUUUUUGCCGUCUUCUUGAAUCUAUCUAUCUUAGAAUUACCAAAAAAAUUUUUUGAAGGCGGCAUUGAUGCUCACUUCAUGUUUCAUACUACCCACAAUCCUUUGCAACAACAUCUGAAACAGCUGUGAAAACAAGAUGGCGGAUGACAUAGAUAAUGGCUGCUGAAUCUGUUGAAAAGUGAUUUGUGUGACAUUAUUAUUUUGCUUAGAUUUGUAGAUUUGUAGCGAAAAAUAAAUGCGGUACUAUCUGAUUAUACCAUUAUUGUAACCAUUAAUAGCGUCUGGUCUUAUAUAGGUACUGUAUGUGCCGCCCAUCAAACUCAUUUCUACUGUUAGCCUGCUAGCUUCUGUAAGCUAAUUUAGUUUAGCGUCCGGCUUAAGUCAUACCGUGUUGACCAAAGAUUCUAGAGUGCUGCGCUUAUUCUUAAAAGAUGCAUUCAAUCCAAAGUCACGUCUAGUGAGAGAGCUUUCUAUUUAGGGAGGGAGACAGCAGGCAACUGUCUUCUGUUUUUAACAGCACUGUUAUGUUGCUUGGCAACAUGAAAUCCCAAGGCUACGAUUAUCAAAAAAAUUGUUCCCGGAGGAUGAACGAACAAAAAUCUAAAUAAACAGUAUAGCAGAAAACAAUUUUGUAUCUUAAAACAACAUUAGUUGGUAAUGAGACUGUUGUAUAUAAAAGCAAUAUGACACGGAUGGUUGUGGUUGUGGGGUUGGUAAAGGGCAUCGCCCCGGCUGUACUUGCCUGCUGCACUCGGCCUUACAGUCAUGGCGACCCUACUCCUACUCGUGUCAUAUUGCUUAAAUGCCAAGGUCAACUUAGUUUUAAAUUCUGUAAACAGAGCAUUGUGAAUUUCUGUUUGAAAGUAUAGAAGCAAUCCGAUUGCCCUAAAGAAGUUAAAAAACAUUUCAGUUUAAUUUUACUUUUUCUUGGGGUGCCAAUAAUUGUGGCAUGUGGGUGUUUGUUAAAAAUAUUUAUUUCUUUAUUAGGAUGUUUUUCUUCUCAGAAUGAAUCUUUACAUUUGGAUUUGUUCUCAUUGUUUUCGUUGUCAAACUAAGAUAAAAAGGUAAAUAAAUUACCUUUUAUACCUCUUUUUACUUAUCUUUACCAGGGAUGCCUAUAAAUAUAGAGGGCGCUGUAUUGAUGUUUUCCUCUGUACACGAGUUUUGUUGAUGAUAUUUGAAUGAUGUAAAAACAAGAUGACAAGAAAUUUUAACUUUUAUAUUUGUAAUGUGUUCACAUUCAUUUUAAAAAAAGUUUAAUUUAUUUUAUUUAUGACAUUUAUUUUAUUUUCAGUUCUAUUUCAUAUGUAUGGGUGUACACUGAUUUAGACUUAGUUCAUUAGUUUGAUUAUGAUUUAGGAUUUAGGAUUUGCUUAAUUGUACUAAAUAAUUUGUAAACUUUACUCAUAUUAAGACUAGGUCUUUUCAAACAGACCAGACAACAGAAAUUAAAGAGUUGUGUAGUUUUCUCACAUGAAAUAUUGGCAUACGUAUGGUUACUGUGCAUGGUACCAACCCCUCUGAGAAACUAUUGCUGCAUGUUGACUGACCACUCACACAAGCUUAAGUAUACAGGAAGGCAGAGUCUCUGACAGAGUCUAUUGGCAGAGUGAUAGAAAAGCAAUACUUGGACUGAGAGAGUCAGGAAAACUCUUCUCUCAGAAGAACAAAUUGAUGAGUGGAAUAACAAAGAUAGAUGAACAUGACUGUUUCAUUCACUUAAGUAUGUAAAAUGUAUCUGGUUUUGCUUUUUUCGUUUUAUAAAAACUAUAAAUACAAAUUCACUUAUUUUUGUAAGCCCAGUAUCCUGUUGAUCAGAAGUAGUCACUAUGACUUACAUAUUCAUACAUCUCAAUUCAAAUAUAACGCACUAUACCCUUGUGUUGUCUCCUAAUGUCUCACUUUUUUUGUUUUCUAAUAAUUUGCAUGAUUUGAAUUUAGCAUCUAUGCAAAACAUGUGUAUGGUUCUGAAAAGUUACUGUGUCUAGUGCAUCAUAGUAAGGUGGAAAAUCAGCAAAAUGAUGGAUCUUUUAACUUUGCAAACCAUACCGUAUAGCAUUACAUAUACAAUGAAAUACUGUAUAAUAUAAUAUGAAAUAUUGUAUUUAUUCCAUAUCAUACCAUUUAACAAAACACACUAUCACACAAAAUACAUAGAACAUUGCACUUGAACAUGAUGAUUCCAUGUUGGCCAACAAAACUGUGUGUGUUUAACUGCUUUAUGUUUACAAAUGAUUUAGGUUUUCACUCAGGCUCAACAUUUAUACUGACCUGAUGUCUACUAUCUCUCUCAUUCCUUUCAUUCAGCCAGGCCAUUGUAAUAAAUAAAAAAAAAAAAA